UUAGGUAAACACCAAAUAUGUGGUUUAUAAAUUUGGGUCUAUCUCCAAAUACUUCAAGGCUUCAAGCGCCCUAUAGAAAGUCAAAAUCAUGCGAGCCUUAAGCCCAAAGUGUGGACAAUACAUAAGUGGAUUGAACCCAAAACCUCUCUCAACUCUUUCCUCUAUUUCUCACUCCAUUCCAAAGAUAGUCUUACAACCUGUUUAUGGUAAUUGGUAAAUAUGGGUGGACUUCCUAUUUAAGUCCUUGAGGUUCGGGCCUCUCUUUUGUGACAACCUCAAGAGGGAGAAUUUCUCUCUUGGCAUAGACAAAGGUGCUUGUCCAUUCCUCAUUCUCUUCUUCCACAAGCAUAACAUAUCGUCUGCAAUCAGUUUCCAUCCCCAGUAAUUUAAUUCAUUUUGACAUUCAGGCUCCAAAAUAGAGUGCCAGAUUCUGCAUUCACCAAAAGCAAGGCAGGGGAAACCAUCUUUGUGCCAUUAACAAGGUCAAGAACCAGAUAGCUAACCCUCAUCGAUCAAUUCUCUUUUCAUUGAAGGAAAGAAAAGAGACUGAAAAGAAAAGGGGAAAUGUCAAUUCAUCAUCCCAUGAGAGCUUGCUCAGUGAGUGCUCAUCCACCACCCUUAGCAGAGAAAAUAACAGAGGACCCUGUAACAAGUAAAACAGCUCAAAGCACAGUUUCAUGCGCCUACCAGACCAAUCUUGGAGGCUACUGGCGGAACGUCACGGUCUUAUGGUGCAAGAACCUGAUGAAUCAUUCUCUGAGUCUCAUGGUCAACAGCCCUGAAGGUGAAUACAUCUACAAUUGCAAGAUUGAUGUCAAGCCUUGGCAUUUUUGGAGCAAGAGAGGCUACAAGUGCUUUGAGGUGGAAGGGAACCAAGUCGACGUUUAUUGGGAUCUUCGAGCAGCUAAAUUUGGUGGUAGUCCUGAGCCUUGUAGUGAUUACUAUGUGGCUCUGGUUUCAGAUGAAGAAGUGGUGCUGUUGUUGGGAGAUUUGAAGAAGAAAGCUUAUAAAAGAACAAAAGCAAGACCUGCUCUUGUUGACGCAAUCCAGUAUUACAAGAAGGAGAAUGUUUUCGCCAAGAAAUCUUUCUCCACCAGAGCUAAGUUUGAUGAAAGGAAGAAAGAGCACGACAUUGUCGUGGAAAGUUCAACAACAGGACCAAAAGACCCUGAGAUGUGGAUUAGCAUAGAUGGGAUUGUGGUGAUUCAUGUUCAGAAUUUGCAGUGGAAAUUCAGAGGGAAUCAGACUAUGUUGGUGGGUAAACAACCUGUUCAAGUGUUUUGGGAUGUGCAUGAUUGGCUAUUCAACAGCCCUGGCACAGGCCAUGGCUUGUUCAUAUUUGAACCAGGCGUACCUGAAGCAGAAAGUGACAAGGAGGGAAGCGGCCCAUGCGGUUUUGAAAGUGACACCAGCACCGGGAGCAGGUAUUACUCUACUAGGAGCAAUUCAACAGCUCCAGAUUACUGCCUUUUCCUGUAUGCAUGGAAAAUCGAGUGAUAAGAAUCAUGUUGGAGUAUCUAAAUGCUUGAGAUGGCAAGAAAUUAAGCAGGCAUUCUAGCUUUUCAAGACUGCAGGAUUGUCAGAUCAAUUGUAUUGAUGGUAAGACUCCAUUGUGUAUUGAAAUCACCUUGCAUUACAGCUGGAAGAUAAAUGGGUCAGCAUGGCUGAUAAUUCACGCAUCCAAAACAGCCAAACAGGCAAAAUAGUUUUCAAGAGUUUGAUGAUGCAUAUUGCACAGUGAUUAUCAUCAUCAUCCGAGCCCUAUCCCAAACUGUUUGGGAUCGACUACAUGAAUCUAUAUGUUUCUUUAUAUUGUACACUGAGAUUUUACUAAAUAGAAAUAUAAUGUACCCUAUCUACCUAUCAUGAUGUUAAGC